CAAGACCUCUCUAAAGGCCGAAGGGAAGGGUGCAUAGGCAGGAUGAGUGUUCCUGGUGCCGCUGCAGCCGCUGCGGCGAGCGUGCUGAGCGAUGGUAUGAGCCCACACGCGUCCGACGCAGAUCCCCAUGGAGGACAGAACCAUAACGGAGAGGUGAGGUGAUGAGAGAGUGCGUGAGUGAGUGAGCACACAUGCGUUAACGAACGUUGGCAUGGCAUGCACCCCACCCCAUCCAUGUAUACCACGCCUCCAUGCGUCCGUCCAUCCGCGCAGGCGAAGGAUGCGUCAGGCAACGGUGACGGCAUAGAGUGCGAGGAGGUGGUUGACGAGCCGAUGCCGUCCGCCAGUGGGGACCCCCACCAGGGACAGCAGCAGAGGGGUGAGCAAGGUCAGUCAGCACGGGGUGACCGCGGUGCCACUGAGCGAGGAUGGGGGGGAGGGUGGGUGGUCACGUCACGUCACGGAAUGCAUUGCAUGCAACACAUAUGCAGCACCAACUUAACUAAUGUCUGUGUGUCCUGACUGACUGUCCUUGGUCUCUUCACAUUGAUUGAUUGUUGAUUAUUGAUUUGAUUGCAUCAUGUGCGGCAGUGGGUGCGGGUGGUGGUGAGGUGGAGUACAUCGGUUGUGGACCCAUAUUCACUCGCGCACACCACACACACAGAAAGGUAGGGAGGGAGGAUCACCACAAAUGACAGACAGCAGACGGCACGCUCCAUCGUGUGUGUAUGCUAUGGGUGUGGUCUGUCCGUGUGUCUGUCUGUCUGUCUGUGCAGUCGUUGCGUCCGGCCGGCUGCGCGCUGCCCAAAGGUCUCUACCCGCUCUCGUCGGUGCUCAAGUCGGUGCCUGGCGAGGCAGCCGUGGCCGAUAUCGCUGUGGGCAGGUGGCAGAUGGCCGUGCUGCUCGACAACAGUAGGGUGUGUGUCUGGAGGGGGAGGUGAGUGACUGAGUGAGUCAGGGAGUGAGGGGCGGGAAGUCGUGUUGACCUGUGUGUGUGUGUGUGUGUGUGUGUGUGUGCAGCACGUACAAGUGGCAGGAUGUGUCAGUGCUGCGGCAGUACUGCCUGACCUCCAUCACCAUGGCCUCCUCACCGACCUCAGAGGAACGGUUCGUCAUCGCCGGCAUUUCGCGCGAAGGUCUGUCUGUCCAUCCACACACACCACACCGCACAGACGAGACGUGUGUAUGCACGUCACACACACGUGUGGUUGUGUGUUGUGUGUUGUGUGUGGUUAUACGUUUGGUUUGGUUUGCAGGGUCGUUUCACUGGGUGUCGUCAGACAGCCUGCAGAAGGAGCGGUCGAUGGACCUGAGCGUGAGGCCUGGCGAGCGGGCAAUCGCAAAGUCAAUGGAUCUGGCGGACGUAAUCGAUGUAUGUACGCUGCGUACGCUACGUUACGUGGCGGCUACACACACACACACACACACACAAAAGCAACUGCUCACACGUGUGUGCGUUGAUUUGACUGCAGGGUGAGUUUGUGCCGGCCAUGGCCGUGCUGAGUUUUGCUGGCGGCGACGAGAAUAAUCCCUACCUGUUUGUCAAGGGCCCGGAGGCGUUCACUCGGUUCAGGAACUUCUCAUCCACACCACUCAAGGUGGGUGACCAGCACACACACGCGCACACACACCCGAGCCUGACGUCUCUCUCUCUCUCUCUGUAUGUGUGUGUGUUUGUGUUUGUGUGUCCAUGGGUUCAUCCAUCCGCAGGCGCUGUGCGGGCUGUCUGGCCUGUAUGGGUGUGUGUUGGUGGCGGACGGCCACGUGUUCCACUGGAGCCCCGAUAUGGCGCCCGACGGGCAAUACGGCCGAUAUGACAACGGAAACGUCAAGAUGGCCAUCAACAAGGUAAUAAGGUACCCCACCCACCCACCCCAUGCACACCACACAGGACUCUACGUCCACAUGAAUGUUUGUGCGUGUAUGCGAUGCGCCCCGCCCAGCUGUGUGGUUCCCUCUCUGCCGGCAAAGUGGUGGACGUCGCUUGCUGCGGCAACGCCUUCACGGCCGUGACGCGCGACGGCGUCAUUCACGUGUGGACGGGCGCGGGCGACACUGGGGCCAAGUUCGUCAUCAACACGCCCAUCCAGUGGACACCCGACUUCCAUCAGAUGGUUCGUUUAGUAGUAGCCCCACCCACCCACCGCUCACCUCACCAGCAUGACCUCUGUCUGUUUGUGGUCAAACCAUGCUUGUGACAAGCAGCUGAUAGACGAGCGUGGCAUCCCCUUCGCCAGCCGCUACCUGCUCACCAACGAGGAGAGGCCGUCCGCCCAGCUCGAGGCCGUCAGGAAGCAGGAGCUCGAGACACUCUAUGGCGUCACGGUGACCAUGCAGAGGGAGGGGGACGGGGCAGGGGAGACACCGAAGCUGACCAUCAGCAAGGGCGCCGACGACCCGAUUGUGCGGCUGUUCGUGUGUGAGGAAUGGACCAUGGGCGUGAGCCGUGGGGGCCGAGUUGCUGGGUGGAAGAAUGGCCUCCUGACGCGAGGAACAGCGGUCAGUGGAGUGCGUCAUGUGUGAUGAGUGGAUGGACUGACUGGACGGAGGGAGGGAUGGAUGGCUGUCGUGUGGGCUGUGGUGUGUGUGUGCGUCUUUGGUCUCUUCCUUCCUCAGAUUGAGAGUGUGUCGGUCAACCUGUACGAGUGUCUGCGGCAGCUCCACAGCUCCAUCAACGACCCCGCCCUCUUCGCCAACAUGACCACAGAGACCACCCUCACCGACCUCCCGCCCGCCUCCUGCCGGAUCAUCGCUUCACCAUCAUGCUUCAUAUUCGCCCACAGACACCCCGCCCCGGCACCCGCCCCCGCCCAGCCAGAGGCCGACGAAGAAAUGAUGAUGAUGCCCGAGAGCUCGGCCACGCCAGGCGGUCGCCCCGCGAAGCGCCGCGGCCGCCCGCCUGGCUCGCGUGGACGGGGAGCUGCCAAGAGAAAGGCAGAGGAGGAGCUGGCCACGCGCGACACACAGGUGGGUAAAUGGAACGAUUUAUGACGGUUCCUUCCACCACACACACGACAGACAGAUGUCUCUCUUUGUUGUGGACUGCCAGGGCGGCGCCGACGAGCCUGUGCGUCCGAGCGGCCGCAAGCGGGGUCGGCCGAGGGGCAGUGGUCGGGGCAGGCCGCCCAAGGCCUCACUCGCCGCUAUGGCCGCUGCCGCCGCAGCUGCAGCUGCUGCUGCAGUAGCCAGGGACACCCUCCAGGAGCAGCGCGAGCAGAAAGAGGGUAAGGGUGAGGGUGAGCCACCCCGCUUGUCGAAGCGAGGCCGCCCACGUGGCAGACCGAGAGGCAGUGGCCGGGGCAGGGCCAGGGGGAAAGGGCGGGAAAGGGGGACUGCGGCAGCAGCAGCAGGGGUGGAGGAUGCAGCCAUGGGUGGUGAGGAUGAGGAGCCGGCUGUGAAGCGAGGGGAGGAGUCCGACGAGGAGGAGGAGGAGGAGGAGGAGCCCAUGCCGCCGCAGCAGCGGCGGAGAGGCCGUGCGAGGACCACCGACGAGGACGAGAGCGAGGAUGCCGAAGAAGAGGAGCAGGAGUGGUACGUUACGUGCACACGCACUGGCCUGCCCUGCACCACACUCACACAUCCACUGCACUGGCUGUACGUACGGCGUCCAUGUGAUGUGCCUCUCUCUCUCUCCUGUUGCGAUGCGAUGUGACCGACCGACCAUUCCAUUCAGGGAGGUGGAGCGCAUCCUCUCACACCGUGACCUCGCCAACGGCGUCCGUGAGUUCCAAGUCAAGUGGAAAGGUGCGACCCCCCACCCCACCCCACCAUGCUAUGCUAUGCUGUCUCCCCCCUCCCCCCACCACGCCACGCACGCAGAAACCCAUCUAUCUGGUUUGCCUGCCUGUGUAUGUCUGUCCACGCACGCACACAGGGGCCUGGUCGCCGACGUGGGAGAGUGCCGACCUCCUGACACACUGCCAGGAGCUACUGGCCGACUACUGGGUCUGCCGCAACGCUAACAAGACCAGGGGCGGCCGGUUCGUCAAAGACCCGCAGUUGCUCAUGGACCAUUGAGGUGAGGUGAGGGACCUGACGGGCGGCGGACAGAUCAGAUCGGAUCAGAUCAGAUCGGCGGACGACGAAUCUUUUUCGUCUGCUUCGUUUUGACGUUCACACAACGUACGUACAUCUGCAUUUUUCCCACUCACAUGCAUCAGAUGUAUGGCGAAGGCGGCAUGUAGGGCUGGCAUGGCAUGGCACGGCUGGCUGCGCGUGUGCGCGAUGUAUACUUGUGCUGAUGAUAAUACGGUGACUUCUGAGUGAGUGAGUGGCUUGAAUGCACGC